CUUCUCUCCGUGAAAGAGAGGGGAUGACAUUUAAAUAUUUAAAUGCGGGAGAGUUAGCCACCUUAGAAUCUCUUUUCCCUUUCCUCAGCCAUAAGUAAAUCCAAGGAAGAAGGGGAGUUGGACCCGCUAACGUUUGUGGCGCGGGGCACUCUGGGGGCUGUAGUUUUUCCCUGCUCCUCUCAACCUAAGGCGGUGUUUGAGCUAUUUCCCAGAGUACCUUGCGAGAGCGGUGCCUGGCCAACCGUGGAAGUUAGCCACCGAGGACCUAGGCGGCCGCGGAAGAAGCCAGGACCCUCUGAGGGGCCGCGGCCAGCCAGAAGUGUUGGUGGGUGGCUGUGGAGAGGAGGGGAGGCCUCAGAGAUAUCUGGUCCAAGAGGAGUAUGGUCUGUGAUACCAGACACCCUCCCUUCAUCUAGGGAUGAUUAAACAUGAUGUGGUCACAGACCUAACCACCUGAACUGUAUAACAAAAAGACCCUGUUGACAGGAGUCCCCAGAGCCCUGAGAUGGCCACAAAAAUGAAGAAAGGCCUGAAAAGUUCGAUUGAUGAUAUGCUUGGCGACCUCUUGGAUGAUGAUACAAUGCCACCUGAGAAGCCUCUCCAAUUAACUGCAAGUCCCAGGGAGAGCCUAGGAUCAUCUCGGGGUUUUUCUGCGAGGGCCCGAAAAAAGUCCAUUCUGGAAGAUGAUUUCUACAGCACCAUGGCAGCCCAGGCAGGUGCAGAUGCUGAGUUUUCUGAUAUGUCAGAAGCAGAUCCACAGACUUUGCUGCGGUCUAUGAAGGAUAUGGAUGACAUGGAUGCUGAUCUCUUAGGCCUGAAGAAGUCCAACUUAACUAGUAAUAAAACAACUGCAAAAGAUUCUGGAAAAGAGGAAUUUUCUGAUGAUUUCCCUAGACCUUCAGGAAAACUAAUAGCCAAUGAGAGAGGAGACAAUAUUUCCACAAAGAAGCCUAUGCCUUCCACUGGGAGCACUGGGCGCCCAUACAGGAAGUUUUCCUUUGACGAUUUGGAGGACCCCUUAGCAGGGCUUCUUUCUGAUGAAGAGGAAGAAACUGCCAAGAAGCCACCUGUGAAAGAGAAUAAAACAGUUCCUGAAAAGAGCCCUGCCAUGGUUAAAAAUCAAGGUGCCUCUCUCUCUUCAACUCCUGGUGAUACCCCCAUUCUAAAGAAAGAGGAGCUAAAGUUUGAUGAUGGGGAUGACCUCAUGACUGCCCUUGGAUUUGGAGACAGUCCUAAGACAGAACGGAAGCAGGAAAAGGGAGUCCAGGAUGGUCCCCGUCCUGCUCGCACUAAACUGGAUGAGCUACUAGGACGUGGAACUGCCUCCAAGCUCCUGGAGAGACCAGGUACUGGGGAGCACCGGGAGUUCAGGCUGGAUAAGAAGUACCAGAAACAACCUGACAAAGAUGAUCCCUGGGGAGAUGAUGACUUUGCCUUUGGAGCCUAUCAGCCCACAGUGGCCUCCUCCUGUGAGAGCCGACAGUCCCGCCGGCAGUCUGUCAGCAGGUUCUCAGCAGAAACUCUCACCAAUUCCAAAGGAGAGCAAUGCUCCAAACAGAGCACACCAGCUACAGCCAGCCCUGCUCAUCCGGGGAAGGGAGGAGCUGACUGGCUGGGCCUCAAGGAUGAGGACUUUGACCUGCUUCCUCCAUCUCCCAUCAAAGAAUCCAGCAAGGCUGGCUCAGGAAUGGCUAUACCGUCAGGACCCAGCCCUGCAGCCCGGCCCUCAGCCCCAGCCAGUCUGCCUGGCUCAGGGGUGAGGCCUCCUACUGACACUAUAGCUACCCCUCACAAACCCAGCCCCUCUCCCAAGCGAGGAACAUCGGAGGAAAAUCAAGAAGAGGAUUGGCUGAGCCAUGCCUUGUCUCGGAAAAAAUCUCAGAUUUUAGCUAAAGAGGAGCAGUCUGUGACUUCUAAGGGCCUGAGCUCUACUGAAACAUCAGAUCUUCCCGUUGUCAGUCAACCUGUUGCCACUACUCAAGGGCCCGAGCUAACAACUGCCAGAGGAACUCCAGGGACAGCACCAGAAGCUGUAUUUGCCCAUCCCAGGGGCAGUGGGGUUCCUCAGGCUGAUGUCCAUCCCCAGACACUGACUGCCCCUGUACUUCCUGCCGCUGAACCAAAGAGAGACACUCUUCCUGGAGAAGUUCCCAGCACUGACAUUGCAGCUUAUUUUCGGAAAUCCCAAGAACUAAUAGGAACUUCCAUACCUGUACAGGGCCUUCUUCCAGAGAGCCUGGCCCUGAGUUUGCUGCCAGGAGGGGAGUACCAGAGGAGGAUCCUGGCUGCACAGGCUCAGCUACAGGGUAGCACAGCAGAACUCCAAGAGGAGCUAUUAAAGAGUCAGGCCCGACAGUCUGAGCUGGAGACCCAGGUGCGGAAGCUGGAACUAGAGAGAACUCAGCAGCAUAUCUUGCUGGAAAGUUUGCAGCAGCGACACCAGGCCGACUUGGAGCUCAUUGAAAGUGCGCAUAGGAGCCGGGUAAAGGUGCUAGAGACAUCAUACCAUCAGCGAGAAGAGCGAUUACAGAGGGAGAAUGAGGAGCUGACAGUUCAGUAUCUGUCUCACUGCCAGGAGGCCGAGAAAGCCCGAACUGAGCUUCAGGCACAACAUCAGCGUCGCCUUGCUGCUGCGGAGCAAGAGAAGGACCAGGAGAUUGAGAGACUUCAGAAUUUACAGAAGGCAUCCAUCCGAGAGAUACAAAAGGACCAUGAGGAACAGCUUCAAAGACUGAAGCGGUUGAAAGACCGGGAAAUUGAUGCUGUUACAAGUGCUACUUCCCAUACUCGGUCCCUCAAUGGGGUUAUUGAACAAAUGGAGAAGUUUUCCUGUAACCUUAAUGAGCUCUCGUCUCGUGUGGAAGCCACUCACCUUACCAAUUCCCAAGAGCUAGAGAUAGGGGCCCGUCAGCGUGAUAAGCAACUUCAAGCUCUUCAGGAAAGGUUGACUCUGCAGCAGCGUGACAUGGAAGAUGAGAGGAACAGGCUACAUGAGAUUAUUGGGAAGAUGGAGGCCCGCCUAAAUGAACAGAGCCGUCUCCUAGAGCAGGAACGCUGGCGGGUGAGUGCUGAGCAGUCCAAGGCAGAGUCCACACAGCGCUCCCUGGAGGAACAGAGGAGGGUUAUGAACCAGCAGCUCAGCAUGGAGCGGGCAGAGCUGGAGAAGGCCAAGAAUGCUUUACUGGAGGAGCAAAAGUCGGUCAUGCACAAAUGUGCUGAGGAGGGACGGCGGCUGGCCGCAGAGUGGGCUGAUUUCUAUGCCCAGCAAAAGCUAAGUAAAGAGCGGGCAGAGCGUGAGGCGGAGCGCGUGCUGCAAGUGGACUCCCAGAGGGAGGGUACCAUCGUCAGUCUGGCCAAGGAACAAGCAGAGUUGAAGAUCAGAGCAAGUGAGCUGCGGCUUCGGGAGGAACAGCUGGCUGGAGAGUGGGAAAUCCUGGAGCGGGAACGGCAAGAACUGAGGCUAGAGAAGGAGAAGGUCAAUGCAGCUGCCCUGCGCAUCAAGCUCCGAGCAGAGGAAGUUGAAAGCAUGAACAAGGUGGCCUCUCAGAAGUAUGAGGAGGGAGAGCGGGCCCUUCUGGAGGCUCAUAAGCUACAGACAGAACAACAGGCCCGGCUCCAGCUUGUACAGCAGCAACAGGAACAACUCCGGCAACAAGAGCAGCAGCUGCACCAGGAGAAUUUGAAUUUGGCUCAACAGAGAAGGCAGCUGGAUCACCUUCGAUUGGAUCUUCCCUCUCCCAUCAUAGGGCUCACUCCUGCGAUCCAGGUUUUAAAUUCUUCCAACCUGAAGGCUGUCACCCCUCCUGCCAUGACCAUUUCUGGAGGCAGUCAGCCUUCUGCAGGGCAGGGCUCUUCCCAUUUGCAUGCCAAACUGGUGCUGCUGAAACACUUGGCUAACAAGGACCGGGACUUUUUGGAGGAUGAGCAAUUCUUCUUGGAGACACUGAAGAAAAGUACCUACAGCAUGACACCCUAUACAGCCUGAGUACCACUCAGGAGGGUUCAGAUGCUGGAAUCGGAUGCACUACACCAACAUGACUGCCAAUUCUCAUCUCCUGCCAUCAGCGGAGAUGGCGCCAUCACAAACCACACCGGGCCCCUCCUCUGCAUCUCUGAGACACCCAGUGGACUACUAAACACCCAUUUGCCUAAGCACCCCCACAUCUUACCAAUCACCCCAUCCAGUGAGCACUACCCAGGCAUAGCAUCCACAACAGCGAGUGGGAAAGAGGGGACAGCUUUUCUAUAUCACCAUGCUGCUCUCUUCCAUGUCAAUACCUGAUGCUCCUCAUUGCUGGCCAAAUCCUCCCUGCCUACCAGAGCCAUGUAUCACCUUCAGGCUAGAACAGGGCUGCCAUUUCUUGAUCACAUAACAUAAACAAGGCAAGAUUCAGGAAGUAGAACCCUCAGAAAAUUUCCAUUUAAGGUCCUUAAGAUGCCAUCUCACCCUUACCCAGCUCACAGAAGGAAGGGCUAGCACAAUAGCUCUGAAUCCUAAUACUCCCUUAGUAGAUGGAGUCUCCCAAAAUGAUUUGGGUUGUGCUUUUUAGACAGUCUUGUGACAGGGCUGAUUUUUCCCAGGAAAAUAGCAGCAGAACCUUGUGCCUUCAGAGAACUAGCCAAGAGAUCUUACACAAGGUCUUCCACCUGAUAAGAAACAAGAUCCUCCCCUAGAUUUUUUAAGACAUCUGGCAUUGGGGUAAAUUGGAGCAAGUACAAUGAUUUCUACUGGAACUUAAACAAACUUCUGGUUUCACCAGCCACUCUUGCACACAAAUCCAUUCAUUCUCUUUUGUUUCCCCAAGUCUGCCAGGUUAAUUGGCUCACUCAACUGGAGCACUCAGCCCUGCAGCUUUUCAUUAGAUUCUUCUAUAUGUGUUGGGGGGACCAGGGAGCUAGGGAAAGAAUGCUCUUCAUUUGUGUCACCUAUUAUGGAGCCAAGGCUAUGGGAAAAUGAGAGACAACACCAAAUGUUAUAACUCCAUUCUGCUCCAGCUCCAGAGAGUAGCUAAUGGAAUCUACUGUGUCCAGGCCUCUGCCUUUUCAAUUUUUAGCAUGUGGGCAAUAUGCCAAGCCUAGCCAGGAAAAUGGCAAGGGGGAGGGAGAAUUGGGGGAUUAGUAAUUGUUCCUUGUAGAACCAAGGUCAAUUUAGCUCUUCAAAUAAAAUCAGUUUUAAAGCUGCUUCACUAGUAACCAGUUUAUCACUUUCCAUCAGAAAACGUCAGCAAAGUGAACAGGCAGAGAUGAGUUACCCUGAGGUAAAAUGUAGCUACCUCAUCUUUCAUAACAUUGUACAGAUAUCUCCUACUUAGCUUUUCCCAUGGUUCACAUUUUUGUUUAAUAAGUCAAAUUUUCAGUGUUACUAAUUCCUGAAUCCCUGCAAUUUUUAAUACAUCUCAUCCAGUUUCUCUUCAUUUUUCAAACAUUUUUAAUCAAUUGCAUGCUUUGAAAUUAGUUCCAUAGAGCAGGGAGGAAGUCUGAGACUCUUCUGAAUGUUAAGCACCUUUUUCAGAGACUUUUUUCUGUUCUAUAGAAACCCCACUAAAAUUCCCUCUACAAAAUUCUAAAUAUCCAGUUCCUUUCAAAAUGCCUUCUGAGUAGUUGCCCAAACUAACAUCAAGGAAAGCAACCAAGAUGCAGGUUAUCUUGAAGAGAUGUUGGUUGUCUGGGGUAAGGAAGAUCCACAGUAACCACUUUGAGGCAGCAAAUAGAAAUGGGGGCCACUAAAUCCCGCAUAAACACCCUCAGGGACCAUGUAAUUAUUUUUAAUUUUUUUUAUUAAAGCUAUUUUCAAAACA